UUAGUUAGUUAGUUAGUAGUCUAACAAAAUCAUUUAAUGUGUGCACAUAAUUAUUCAUCCACGAACGAAGUAAAACCCAUCCACCACCAACAAAGAACAAAGAACAAAGUACAAUUCACAACUUGUAGUAAUGUCAAUUCUGAAUGAAACUCCUCGAUUGAUAAAUCAUGCUCUUAAAUCUGUAUCCAAAUUAGUGGAAUCAGAUACAGAAGUGGCAGUUAUUGAUUUGAACUUAUUGGAAAAUCUUAAUACGAAUCAAUCGUUGAAUUAUAUUAAAUUGGAGCUGAAUCUUAAUACCAUCGAAAGAAGUUCAAAGCAGUUAAGAUCAUUAGAUAAGGAAUUUGCAACCUAUUCAGUAAUUCUUAAAGAUAUAGAGAAGAAAGUAUAUAAGAUAGAAGCCAUAACAAAGGAGUUGGAUGACUGGUCAAAAGAAUUGGAAUACAAAGUAAACAAUCGAUAGUGCUAAUUGAAAUAAUAACUUGAUCAUGAUAAUGAAUUCUAUUCAUUAAAGUAAUUGAAUAAACCAGAAUAUCACCCAUUUGAUAUGAACAUUUAAAAGUCGGUAGAAUGAAAUAUUAUUAACUGUUCUAUCAACUUUUGUUCAAUUGUUAAUUGUUA